AAAUACAGGAAAAGGAACCUUCCCAGGGUUAGGGCUUGACCGUCGCACGCCAUCGAGGGGUUUUUGAUUCCGGGCCAAAUUGCCGGUUUCCCAGCGAGAUCGUGGUAUUCCGGCCCAAGAUUCCACUUUCGCCCCCCGAUCUGCACACGUAGAUCCCUAAUUUUGGGGCAGAAUUGCCGGAAAACCGCGUUCGUUGGCCCCGAAACGGCUUCCGUCGUUGCCAGGGUGGCCGAGGUGGGAGGUGCGGCGGGUUUCGCGUGCUUUUCGGGGGAUCCGAGCCGCGAUGAGCGUUGAUUCCAUCGGAGGCAUCCGAUCUCCGAGUUUUUAGGGCUUCGAGGUCCCCAAGCUCGCGCCUCUCUAGGCGGUGUCGGCAUGCAGUCCGGGAACGGACGGAACCCGAGGCCUUCGCCGCAUCCGCAGCCGUUGCCGUCCGCCGCUGCGUCGCCGUCUUCCUCUUCGUCGCCCGCCGCCUCCGCUCCCACCCAUCUGGUGUUGGAUUCAAUCCAACAGCAGCAGCAGCAGGAGGCGUAUAGGCAGGCACUGCAACAACAUGAAUAUCAGCAACAAGUGCAGCAGCAGUUAAGAAAGGCUGAUGGUGACCGUACCCUCCUGACUUAUCAAUCUGGUGGCACUCAUGGAAUCAUUGGUGGAAAUUCCUUUCCAUCAUUACAAGGGACUAUGAAUCUAUCUCAACCAUCGAGAAAGUUUGGCGAUUUAACUCAUCAACCUGUUGCUCCUCAACUUUGCGAGGAAAAUUCAAACAAAGGGCAGCAUGUGCAGAAUCCAAUUCAUCAAGCUUAUCUCCAGUUUGCUUUGAAGGCUUCCCAGAACAAACCUCACGGGAAUUUGUUAAUGCAUCAGCAGGGCAAAAUGAAUAUGGCUGCUCCAACUGGGAGUCAAAGUAUGUCUAUGAAUAAUAUUAAGAUGCAGGAGCUUAUGUCUCCACAGGCAGCCAACCAGUCACAGGCAUAUAUAUUUAACAGAACAGGUGAACAGUGUGCACAUGCCGAUAAGCAGUUAGAGCAAGGGCAUGUUAGUACUGAGCAAAGAAGUGAUUCAAAACAAUCUCCAUUGAUGGCUGGACAGUUAGGGUUGACAAACAUGGUAGGAGCAACACAGUCACGACAUUCACAAGCAAGCACACAAAAUAUUGCAACCAAUCAGUUCACAAUGGCACAGAUGCAAGCUAUGCAAUUAUGGGCCAAGGAGAAUAAUGUUGACCUGUCAGUUCCAGCCAACAUAAACCUGAUCGCUCAAGUUCUAUCCCAUUGGCAGUCUAACAGAAUGGCUGCAAUGCAGAAGCAAAGUGAACCUAGCACCAUUGUGCAGCAAUCAUGUCCGCCAUCAUCAAAGCAAUCAUCUAUUUCUUCUCCGGAAAAUGAUAAGUCUGCAUAUGUGAAUUGUAUAAGUGAUUACUCCAGUCAAGUUGGUCCCUCACAAGUCAGACAGCCACUUGCAGCUGACACGAUUCCUGGUGGAGAUAGCACCUCAGUAAAUCCUAAUGAUUUCCAGAUACAACAGGCCCAUGCUCAUCAGAGGGACAAUGAGAAUGAGAGGCCUGUUAGGCCUUCAUUCACAACCACUAACAUCAGGCAAAUUAUGCAUUUACCACAGUCAUCUGGUAGCAAGACUCAAACAAUGGAACAGUCCUAUGCGAAGCAUACUUAUACUGGGAACAACAUGCAACAAAUGCAGCAUAUUAGAUCCUUGCAGCAGAUGAACCAACCCAUUUCACAAAUGGCAGUUGCUCCCACUGAUGCAAUGAGUACUCAAGUUUCAUCACUGAGUGGAUCUGUUGAGGUGCCAAAUCAACGAGUUGGGUUUACAAAACAACAGCUUUAUGCUCUUAAAGCUCAAAUAUUAGCUUUCAGGCGUUUGAAGCGUGGCGAACGUACUCUACCGCCCGAAGUUAUUCAAGCAAUAGCAGGCCUGCCGGUUGAUUCUCAGCCACAACAGUCAUUUGUCCAACCAGGAACAGGUAUCCAGGAAAAAAGCAUCAUGAACAGUACCAAGGAGCACACAUGUGCAGAGACUAAUGACCAGGCUCUUCAACCUGUUCCUUCGAGUAUGGCCUCUAGUCUACCAAAGGAAGAGCCCGGGUCUUGGGAGGAGAAAGCUGGAAUAGCGAGUCAAGUGCAAGAGAUAGGAGGUUCAACAAAGGAACCUGUGCAGAUUGGAGCGGUUGCUAAGUCAGAAGAAAACAUAUCUAUUGUUAUACCUGAGCAGGAGGUUGGAAGGGGAGAUCAGAAUGUGCCUAUUAACGGUGAUAACUACUCUGACAAGGGAAAGGCUAUACCAGUUGACUGUGGAAAAAUCAAUGCAGGACAAGUGAAGAAAUCAACCUUAAAUACUACACCAUCUCCAAAGGUUGGUGUAACGAGAAAUUAUCAUGGCCCAAUUUUUGAUUUUCCAUCAUUCAUAAGGAAACAUGAUUCUAUGGGUUCAGCUGCCCACUCCAAUCAUAUGACGGUAUCUUAUGAUGUGAAAAAUAUGCUGUUGGAGGAAGGUAAGGUCAUACUUAGCAAGAAAAGAAUAGAAAAUCUAAAAAAAAUCAGUGGAUUACUUGCUGUAAAUUUGGAGAGGCGAAGGAUUAAGCCUGAUCUUGUUAUACGCUUACAAAUUGAAGAAAAGAAACUCAAACUUUUAGAUCUUCAGGCCCGAUUGAGGGAUGAAGUUGAUCAGCAACAACAGGAGAUAAUGACCAUGUCAGACAGGCCAUAUCGGAAAUUUAUAAGGCAAUGUGAAAGGCAUCGAGUUGAGCUGUUAAGGCAAGUUCAACAGAUGCAGAAGGCCUCUAGAGAGAAGCAGUUAAAAUCUAUCUUCCUGUGGCGUAAAAAGCUCCUGGAGACUCACUGGGCCAUCCGUGAUGCAAGGACUACAAGAAACAGAGGAGUUGCUAAAUAUCAUGAGAAGAUGUUGAGGGAGUUCUCAAAGAAGAAGGAUGAUGGCAGAAACAGAAGGAUGGAAGCAUUGAAGAACAAUGAUGUGGACAGAUAUCGUGAAAUGCUACUGGAGCAGCAGAAUAAUGUUCCUGGUGAUGCAGCUCAACGUUAUGAAGUUCUUUCUUCCUUUUUAUCCCAGACAGAAGAAUACCUUCACAAACUUGGAGGGAAGAUUGCAGCUGCUAAGAGUCACCAAGAGGUGCAAGAGGCAGCAAAUGCUGCUGCAGCUGCUGCACGAGCACAGGGCCUUUCAGAAGAAGAAGUCAGGGCUGCAGCAGCAUGUGCAGGUGAAGAGGUAAUGAUCAGACAUAGGUUCUCUGAAAUGAAUGCUCCAAAGGACAGUUCAUCAGCUAAGAAGUACUAUAAUUUGGCUCAUGCUCUGACAGAAAGGGUUGUAAGACAACCCUCAAUGUUACGAUAUGGAACUUUAAGGGACUAUCAGCUUGUUGGGCUGCAAUGGAUGUUGUCCCUAUAUAAUAACAAGUUGAAUGGAAUUCUAGCGGACGAGAUGGGUCUUGGAAAAACUGUACAGGUUAUGGCAUUGAUUGCUUACCUGAUGGAGUUCAAAAGGAAUUAUGGUCCGCACCUGAUUAUAGUUCCAAAUGCUGUUUUAGUUAAUUGGAAGAGUGAGUUGCUAAAUUGGCUACCAUCUAUAUCAUGCAUUUUUUAUGUUGGCGGAAAGGAUGAACGAGCUAGGUUAUUUUCACAGGAAGUAUGUGCUAUUAAGUUUAAUGUCCUCGUAACAACUUAUGAGUUUGUUAUGUAUGAUCGUUCUAAGCUAUCAAAAAUUGAUUGGAAGUACAUAAUUAUUGAUGAGGCCCAAAGAAUGAAGGAUAGGGAAUCUGUUUUGGCACGAGAUCUGGAUAGAUAUCGCUGCCAAAGAAGGUUGUUGCUCACUGGGACCCCAUUACAGAAUGAUCUGAAGGAACUAUGGUCCCUCUUAAAUGUGCUUCUCCCUGAAAUAUUUGAUAACCGCAAAGCAUUUCAUGAUUGGUUUUCAAAGCCCUUUCAGAAAGAUGGUCCUUCCCAUAACCCAGAGGAGGAUGAUUGGCUUGAGACUGAAAAGAAGGUAAUCAUUAUCCAUCGGCUGCAUCAGAUUCUUGAACCUUUCAUGCUAAGAAGACGUGUUGAGGAUGUUGAAGGUUCACUUCCUCCUAAGGUCUCUAUUGUUCUGAGAUGUAGAAUGUCAGCUUUUCAAGGUGCCAUCUAUGAUUGGAUUAGAUCUACCGGUACUCUUAGAGUUGAUCCUGAAGAUGAGAUGCGCAAGGUUCAAAAGAAUCCAAUGUACCAGGUUAAAAUGUAUAAGAAUCUUAAUAAUAGGUGUAUGGAGCUGCGGAAAGUUUGCAAUCAUCCUUUGCUUAACUAUCCUUACUUCAAUGACUACUCAAAGAAUUUUAUUGUUAGAUCAUGUGGGAAACUUUGGAUCCUCGACAGAAUUCUCAUAAAGCUUCACAAAGCAGGCCAUCGAGUUCUUCUUUUUAGUACAAUGACAAAACUUCUUGAUAUAUUAGAAGAAUAUUUGCAUUGGCGGCGGCUUGUCUACAGACGAAUAGAUGGUACAACUCCACUAGAAGAUCGCGAGUCAGCAAUUGUGGACUUCAACAGCCCUGACUCUGAUUGUUUUAUCUUCUUGCUCAGUAUUCGUGCUGCUGGAAGAGGUCUAAAUCUCCAGACGGCAGAUACUGUUGUGAUAUAUGAUCCAGAUCCAAAUCCGCAAAAUGAAGAGCAAGCAGUUGCCCGAGCACAUCGUAUUGGACAGACGAGAGAGGUAAAGGUCAUAUACUUGGAAGCUGUUGUUGACAAAGUCUCAAGCUACCAAAAAGAGGAUGAAAUGAGGACUGGGGGUGCAGGGAAUUCAGAGGAUGAUUUUGCUGGCAAAGAUCGGUAUAUGGGGUCAAUCGAAAGCCUUAUACGUAAUAAUAUUCAACAAUAUAAAAUAGACAUGGCCGAUGAGGUCAUAAAUGCUGGCCGUUUUGAUCAGAGAACAACACAUGAAGAAAGGCGGCUGACUUUGGAGACAUUACUGCAUGAUGAAGAAAGAUACCAAGAAACUGUGCAUAAUGUUCCCUCUCUUCAGGAGGUAAAUCGCAUGAUUGCUCGUAGUGAAGAAGAAGUUGAGUUGUUUGAUCAAAUGGAUGAGGAACUUGAUUGGACAGGAGAUGUGGUGAAAUACAAUGAAGUCCCAAAGUGGCUUCGGGUUAGUUCUAGAGAAUUAGAUUCUGUUGUUGCUAGUUUAUCUAAGAAACCUUCGAAGAACAUUUUAUCCAGCACCAUUGAACUGGAAUCAAAUGGCAUGCCUUCUGGUUCAUCCCCCAAUAAGACAGAUAGAAGAAGAGGCCGCCCUAAAAGCUCAACCGCCAAGAAGUAUCCGACAUACAGGGAAUCAGAUGAUGAAGAAAACGGUGACUCUGAUGUUGACACAGAUGAGAGAAACACAUUUGAAGAAGAGGGAGAUGUAGGAGAAUUUGAAGAUGAAGAGUUCUAUGGUGCUGGUGAUGUGCUACCAAGCAACAAGGAUCAAGCAGAGGAAGGGCUGGUCUGUGAUAGUGGUGGAGACGAGUUCUCUCUAGCGAUGGAAGGCAGCAAAGAUGUUCAUGCAUUUGAUGAAGCUGGUUCGACAGGAUCUUCUUCUGGUAGUCGGAGAUUGCUGCAGCCUGUGACUCCUAACACACCUUCACAAAAAUUUGGAUUAAUUUCUGCUCUGGAUGCCAGGCCAAGCCCUUUGAAAAGGAUGCCAGAUGAGCUAGAGGAAGGGGAAAUUGCGGUGUCAGGUGAUUCCCUCAUGGAUCUACAUCAGUCAGAUAGUUUGGUUUAUGACCAUGAUGACUUAGAUGAUGAACAGGUUGUGCAACCAAAAAUAAAGCGAAAACGCAGUAUACGGCUUCGGCCAAGAUAUAGUAUGGAAAGAACUGAAGAUAAAUCCAGUAGUCAUAGAGCCCCUUUCCAUCAUGGUUCUUGGCCACUCUUGCAGGCGAAGCAUGAAAAACUUGCAGAGUUCAACGCUGAAGAAUUUGAGGCAUUUGGGGAGGCUGGCUCAGGAAGUCAGGACAGGAGUAGCCCACCUUUGAAGCAGAGAUGUACAUUACCAUCAAGAGUUAUUUCACCUCCUGUUGUGCAGAAGUCUGGCCGGAUGUCUGCAUCUGUGGAAGAUGGCUAUGAUCACUCUAUUGAAAGCUGGAGUAGCAAAGCCAUUAGCUCCAGUGGCCCAAGCUUUGUGGCCACAAGAAUGACUGACAGCACACAGAGAAAGUGCAAGAAUGUCAUUAGCAAGCUCCAAAGGAGGAUACAAAAAGAAGGGAAUCAACUAGUACCAUUUUUGUCAGAGUGGUGGAGAAGAAAUGAAAAUUCUAUUUUUGUUAGUCCUGGUGCCACAAGCAGCAAUUUGCUGGACCUAAAAAGAAUUGAACAGCGUGUGGACAACUCAGAGUACAAUGACGUGAUGGAUUUCAUAGCAGAUUUGCAGUUGAUGCUGAAAAAUAUAGUGCGACAUUGCAACUACUUGUGUGAGGUGAAAUAUGAGGCAGGAAAGCUUCAAGACAUGUUUUUUGAUAUCAUGAAGAUAGCAUUUCCGGAUACAGAUUUCCGAGAAGCUAAGAAUGCAGUGACGUUUUCCAGUUCUAGUGGAGCUGCAACUCCAUCUCCAAGACUGGCUUCUGCCGAUGAAGCCAAGCGGCAAGCACCAACCAAGACAGAGACAGGCUCAGGCCCUGGCAAGGCCUUGGCCCAUGGGUCCAUUCCUGCUCAUGAUGAAAGGAAAACGAGGUCCUGUGCUUCCAAGAUUCAUAAAGAAUCAAGAUCAAUUGGUGCAAGUGCGAGGCAGCAGGUGCCUGAAUGUUCACAGGUCUUGGCGCACCCAGGGGAUCUGGUAAUUUGCAAGAAGAAGAGGAAAGACAGGGACAAAUGUGCCAUGAAGCAGGUGAGUGGCCCUACAUCGCCCUCUAACCCUGGUCGGAUGACACCCUUGGCUCCUACCAACAAGGGAUCUCUGGGCCUUGUGACUGCGCCAAGCAUGGUCAGAAACAACGGGGCCCCAAUUCAGGGCGAUUCCCGUCCAUCUCAACAGGCAAUAUCUCCACUAGGCAGGGCACACCAUGAGAAGCAGCAGGUUGACAGAGGGAGUGGUGUGCUCCCUAGCAUAAGGGAUGUCAAGUGGGCUAAGCCAGUAAAGCGAAUGAGGACGGAUACUGGUAAAAGGCGGCCAAGCCAGAUGUGAGCCAUACAUAUAGUGUAUGUAAAUUAGGAAAUGCAGUUGCUACUAAUUCAGGGCUUAGUGUGGUGGUCUCCGAAAGGUAUGUGAAACAAAAUUUGGAAUUAGUCAUCCGCCCCACCCUUUUACCCUCUUUUUUUAUUCCCAUUUCUCCUUGACUCUGUUUGGAGUGGUGGUGAUUGCGAUGUUAUAUAGAUCAAGAGAUGAAGGUAAUUUGUUAUAUCCA